AUGGCCAACGUCAACGGGAGCUUUGUCUCCCCUUCGGCUGAUGCCACAAUCUCUCCUCAGCUCUUCUACAACGUCGACUCUCUCUCUGCAGUUCUCAAUGGUUUCACUUUCUGGAAGGCUCUGGCGACUUUGUUCUUUGCAGCUGUUAUCUAUGACCAGCUGCGAUACUUUUAUCUCAAGGGCUCCCUUGUUGGGCCAACCUUCAAAUUGCCUUUCAUGGGACCUUUCCUCCAGUCUGUGAACCCCAAGUUUCACGAAUACAAGGCAAAAUGGGACAGCGGCGAGUUGAGCUGCGUUUCCGUCUUCCACAAGUUCGUCGUCAUUGCGUCCACUCGCGACAUGUCGCGUAAGAUCUUUAAUUCGCCAGCUUACGUCAAGCCUUGCGUGGUAGACAUUGCGCACAAGCUCCUGGGCCCGGACAACUGGGUGUUUCUGGAUGGCAAGGAGCACGUUGAAUUCCGAAAGGGAUUGAACGGUCUCUUCACCCGCUCGGCUCUGUCUUCCUACCUCCCCGUUAUGGAAGAAUGUUACAACAAGUACUACAAGCAUUUCCUGGAGAAGUCCAAGGCCAACGAUUACAAGCCCGAGCCUUGGAUGCCCGAGUUCCGUGAGCUCAUGUGUGCGGUCUCUUGCCGCACCUUCGUCGGUCACUAUAUGACUGACGCGGCCAUCAAGAAGAUUGCGGAUGACUACUACAUGAUUACGGCCGCUUUGGAGCUGGUCAACUUCCCGUUCAUCCUCCCCUUCACCAAGGCCUGGUACGGAAAGAAGGCGUCGGAUAUGGUUCUCGAAGAGUUUUCCAACUGUGCUGCCAAGAGCAAGGCUCAUAUGGCCGCUGGUGGAGAGGUCACCUGUAUCAUGGACGCAUGGGUCAAGGCUCAGCAGGAUUCUGCCAAAUACAACGAGAAGAUUGCCAAGGGACUCCCUGUGGAAGACUCUGAGAAGCCUUCUCACUUGCUCCGUGAGUUCACCGACUACGAGAUCGCCCAGACUGUUUUCACUUUGUUGUUCGCCUCGCAAGACGCCACCAGUGCGGCUUGCACCUGGUUGUUCCAACUCGUGGCCGAUCGUCCCGACGUUCUUGAGAAGAUCCGAGAAGAAAACUUGCGCGUGCGCAACGGCAAUAUCAAUGCUCCUCUCACUAUGGAUCUGGUCGACGAGAUGAAGUACACUCGUGCUGUCGUCAGGGAGACUCUGCGUUACCGCCCGCCCGUUAUCAUGGUUCCCUACUUGGUCAAGAAGGAUUUCCCAAUUACCGACUCCAUCACCGUCUCGAAGGGUUCCAUGAUCAUUCCAUCGGUGUGGCCUGCCACCCACGACCCAGAGGCGUACCCUAAUCCCGACUCUUUCGACCCGGACCGCUGGAUCACUGGCGAUGCCGAAAAGCAAGCCAAAAACUUUUUGGUUUUCGGCACCGGUCCCCACUACUGCCUGGGUCAAACAUAUGCUCAGCUGAACUUGAUUGCAAUGAUUGGAAAGGCCAGUCUGGAAAUGGAUUGGGAGCACGCUCCCACUCCCCAGUCUGAGGACAUCAAGGUGUUUGCCACAAUCUUCCCAGAGGACGAUUGCCACCUCACAUUCCGUCCCCGUGCAUGA